AUUUGUUUCAGAUGGAAUGGCAGAUCCUGCUAGUUAUGGCAAUCCUGACCGCGACAUUGACCAGGGGCUAAUUACGUUGAAGAAAGGUACACAGCUAAUUAAGUAUAGCCGGAAGGGGAAGCCAAAGUUCUGCCCUUUCAGAGUUUCUCCGGAUGAAACAACAUUAAUUUGGUACUCUCGUGGAUCAGAAAGGAAUCUAAAGCUAUCAGCAGUUUCAAAAAUUAUUCCUGGCCAGAGAACUCCUGUUUUUAAAAGAUUUUUGCGCCCAGAGAAGGAGUACUUGUCAUUUUCCCUUAUAUACAACAAUGGCGAAAGAUCUCUAGAUCUGAUCUGCAAGGAUAAGAUCGAAGCGGAGAUUUGGAUUGCUGGACUAAAGAAUAUAAUUUCAGCUGGUCAAGCUCGUAGUAGACGUACUAGGAGUGAUAUUACUGAUUUACAAAAUUCCACUCCAUGUGGUGCAUCACUAGAUUUCAGCCAAACUAUUUCUCGGGAUUGGACUUCUGCUGAUCCAUAUGGUUAUGAAACUUCCUCGAAUGUGCGAUGCUCAGAUGUAGGGUCUGAACGUGGAAAUAUGCAAGUAAGAACAAGUUCGGAUGGUUUCCGUAUUAGUGUCUCUAGCACUCCAAGUUGUUCGAGUGGGGGUUCGGGGCCAGAUGACAUAGAAUCAUUAGGUGAUGUUUAUGUGUGGGGGGAGAUUUGGUGUGAUGGAGCAUUAAAAGAUGGGGCAGGGAAUCCAAUUCCUGUUAAACAUGAUGUACUUACUCCUAAACCUUUGGAGUCAAAUGUGGUUCUUGAUGUUCAUCAAAUUGCUUGUGGUGUACGACACGUUGCUCUUGUUACAAGGCAAGGAGAGGUUUUCACUUGGGGAGAAGAAUCCGGGGGCAGACUUGGUCAUGGAGUUGAAAGGGACUUUAGCCGCCCAAAACUUGUUGAAUUUUUGGCAGUUACAAACGUCGAUUUUGUUUCGUGUGGAGAGUUUCAUACCUGUGCUGUGUCUACGAUGGGCGAUUUAUAUACUUGGGGUGAUGGAACACACAAUGCUGGACUUCUUGGGCAUGGAAAUGAUGUUAGCCACUGGAUACCUAAAAGAGUUUCCGGUCCUCUGGAAGGGCUUCAAGUUUUAUCGGUUGCAUGUGGUACCUGGCAUUCAGCAUUGGCAACUGCAAACGGAAAACUAUUCACAUUUGGGGAUGGAACAUAUGGCGCCUUAGGUCAUGGUAAUCGUGUAACUGUACCGUAUCCCAAGGAAGUUCAAUCACUGAAUGGACUUAAGACUAUUAAAGUUGCUUGUGGUGUGUGGCACACUGCUGCUAUCGUGGAAGUCACGAACCACAACUGUGGAAAUCUUCCUACGAGAAAGUUGUUCACCUGGGGAGAUGGCGAUAAGUAUAGAUUAGGCCAUGGAAAUAAAGAAGCUUAUAUGCUUCCGACCUGUGUCUCUGCACUUAUCGAUUACAACUUUCAUCAGUUAGCAUGUGGACAUAAUAUAACCGUUGGUCUUACCACAUCGGGUCACGUCUUCAUCAUGGGAAGCAAUGCAUAUGGUCAGCUUGGAAAUCCACAGGCUGAUGGGAAGGCUCCUUCUCUUGUACAAGAUAGAUUGGUAGGUGAAUUUGUUGAAGAAAUAACAUGUGGCUCGUUCCAUGUUGCUGUCCUUACAUCAAGAAGUGAAGUCUUUACGUGGGGAAAAGGUGCUAACGGAAGGUUAGGUCACGGUGACACUGAAGAUCGCAACAGUCCAACAUUAAUCGAGGCCUUAAAAGACAGGCAUGUGAAGAACAUAGCAUGUGGCUCUAAUUAUACUGCCAGCAUUUGCAUUCAUAAGUGGGUGUCUGGAGCAGAUCAAUCUGUUUGCUCGGGUUGUCGACAAGCAUUUGGGUUUACGCGAAAGAGGCACAACUGUUAUAAUUGUGGACUAGUGCAUUGCCAUGCUUGCAGUUCGAAAAAAGCACUGAAAGCUGCGCUAGCUCCAACUCCAGGUAAACCACACCGUGUUUGUGACUCUUGCUACAUGAAAUUGAAAAAGGCUUCCGAAGGAAACUCCUCACUUUUUGUUAAAAAAUUCAAUUCCUCUCAUCGACCAAUAGAGAAUAGUAAGUUAGACAGGGGCGAGGCGAAAAUAUCAAGAGUUUUGCUCUCUCCCACGAUCGAACCAAUUAAGUACCUCGAAGUCAAGUCUAUGAGGCCUGGCAUCAAAUCAGAUAAUUUCAGUAUAGUGAGAGCUUCACAAGUUCCCUCACUUUUGCAAUUAAAAGAUAUUGCUUUUCCUAGUUCACUUAGUGCACUUCAAUAUGCCUUGAAGCCUGUCGUGACAGCACCAUCUCAACUUCAGCUUCAGCCUCAGUCUCAGCCUCAGCCUCCGCCUCCUUCGUCCAACUCUAGACCUGCUUCACCGUACUCGAGAAGGCCAAGUCCUCCACGCUCCCCUGCGCCUGUUUUCUCAAGGGGUGUCAUUGAUAGUCUUAGAAAGACAAAUGACGUAUUGCACCAAGAAGUUGCCAAAUUGCAAAAUCAGAUCAAAAGUUUAAAGCAGAAAAGUGAUGGACAAGAUGCUGAACUACGAAAAUUGAAGGAAAGUUCUCAAGAAUCGUCUAGGUUGGUUGCAGAGAGAGCAUCAAAGUGUAAUGUCGCAGUGGAAACCAUGAAGUCUAUUACUAUUCAACUGAAAGGUAUGACACAAGAACUGCCUCCUGAUAUCUCUGAGAGUCCAGCCAUCAAAUCCAUACAUGCUCAAGUUGAAUCAUUUCUUAAUACAUUUGGGAAUCAAGAAGACAGCUCUUCUUUGCAACCAGACACGUCGUAUAGUCAUCAGAAACCAACACACAGAAAUAAUAUAUCAGAGUCUGUUAUAAGAAAUGAUCAUUGGGAUGCUGCUGGAAUCCAUGAUACGUCACACAGUGUCGAUGGAACAGUACGUGAAAACCAUGGACAAUCAACUCCUAGAAGUUUCUCGGGGUCACCUAGAGCUCCAAGAGAGGGACAAAAGGAAGUUAUCGAACAAUUUGAACCUGGCGUCUAUGUCACUCUCCUUCAACUUACAAAUGGCACCAAGAUCUUCAAACGAGUUAGAUUCAGUAAACGAAGGUUUGCGGAGCAACAAGCAGAAGAAUGGUGGAAAGAAAACAAAGACAGGCUACUGAAAAAGUACAGCCCUCCGAAGAUAAAUGUUGCAUCUACUACUACUGAUUCAUCACCCGCAUCACCAGCAUCACCAGCACCACCACCACAAGAAAAUAACGAAGCAUCAUAGUCUUCGUAGACGUAGUGAUUGUUAAUUUUGUCCAGCUUAGUUGUUAGCAUAGAGGCGGGUUCAAGAUUUAGACUCAACGAUCUUGAAGUUGGUAUAUUGUAUGCCUUGUAGAUUUUUUUAGAACUGACAUAUAUUUUGGACUUGAAGGAUA